AUGCUGCGCGGGCUGGUGCGUAUAGAUGGCGGCGUGCACGCGGUUGGCCUCCUCACCACCAGAGACGCGGACACCCAGGGCGUCGAGGAGGCGGAAGACGCGGCCGCCGAGGAAGUAGACCAGAACGAUGCCCAGGUAAUUCGGGAGGGCCAGGAGGAAGGUGGAGCGGUCGCCGCCGCCCGAAUACAGCACGCUCUGGAUGCAUACCGUCUGUACCAGGCCGGUGAGGACGAAAAUGAUUGCAGAGAGAAGCACGCGCGGUCCGCCUCCUCGGAAGGCCAUGGCGUGCGUGUGGUGGGGCGGUUACAUGACGGAAGGGAGAGAGGGAGGGGGGGGUUGAUGAGGACUGGAUUCUGA